AGUUGUACAAAAAAAAAUGAAGCUCGCACCGCAAGUAGUUUAAGUUUGGAGUGUAAAUGUGUCUCGUUUUUGUAGUUUACAGCAAUUACUUAAAAACUUCAUAGACGAGCUUAAGGUGGACGAGCAUAACUAUAAAGUUCUUUCAUUUCCAAGAAAUAAAAUGACGGACACGGAAGAUAAAAACAUGGAGCUGAAUUCUUUGCAAGCAGCGCGGAGCGCGCGACGGAAAUGGGAAGAGAAGGCGCACGCGAGUUCGCCGACCGAAGUUCCCGGGACGUGGAACAUCGCGGACAUUGACUUCAUGAUGAAAUCCAUGUUCCGAAGCAAAAAUGACUCAAAACCCACUUCCAACGAAGUUGAUGGUGACAAAAAUAACAUCUUCGCCGACGGAAUAAAUCGACACUCUGAUGAAAAUGCAGUCGCUACCGCACCUGAAGGUGGCACUGGAACUCCCGAGGAGCAAUACUUUUCGCCGGAAGACUUUUCGGUGUCGCACCAGCAAGAGCCAGGUGCAAAAAUGCUGUUUUACAAUGAAGAUAUCCCGGAACAAAGAGCAGGAGCUGCAUCUUCUGCCUCAUCGACCUCGUCUGUAACUACUUCCAAGAAGCAUGAUCACUACGUCGACCGUAAUUUUUCUCCCGAUGUGGUAAGCGGCCCGCCCCCUGGUCACAGCCCUUGCACGUCCGAUAUGGUAGAACGGGCCUCCCCGACGGAGGAGGCGAUAUUAUUCGGAAAGAACGAGCUCAUCGGCAGAAGUCCGGAUAUUGCCAUGGUCGGAGCAGAAAUUUCGAACAACGACGGAUCGGACCGUGAAGUGCAGCCGGUUAAUUAUACCGCUCGCGGAACAUCAAGUGCUUCGUCUGCAUCCAUAUCCUCGUCCACCACGACCUCCAAGGCUGAUUGGUCGCACUUUAAGUUUGAAGUUCGCACGAAAGUAAGCCCGACAGGGACAGGGAAACAAGUUAGUACGACAGGCGCCAGUGCUGUUGCACCAGGCGAUAUUAUUAAAAGCCUGGGGAUAAAACGAGACGUGGAAAGCCGGUCCCUUUCUGCCGAGAGAACGCGGCGCAAGAAACAUCAAGCGAUAUUGCAUCAGCACAACUCACUGUCCUCUUCGUCUGCUGCAGGAGUAUAUCGCGCUGAAAAAAACUAUCACUAUCACAAAAAGGCCGCUUUUCGACCCAAAAAUACAACUUUUUUAUUUUUUACAAAAAAACAUCAUUGCUUUUUCAUUUUUUUUCUCGCCGGCGAGGUAAGACCUCAGUAGUGUUUUGAUUGAUUUGGAAUGAUGAAUGUCAGAAGGUAACUGGUGGCCGCUUGUGAUGAUUCAUUUACCUAGCUAACAGGAGAGAUCUGGCAAGACGCUUGCAGGUUGAGACACUUGCAGGCUGUGAGCACCGACAACCGAAUACCACCAUCACAAUCCCGGACAUUUUUGAGGACGGCGAGAGCUCCCGCCCCAUUCGUUGCGGCCCAGUCAGCCAGCGCCAUGAGGGCGUGGAAGCGUGUCUCCACCAUGCUCGUUAACGACGGGUCUGGAGUUGGUGGGUUUGGUGGGUAAAGAGCGAGUUUUCUAGGGCCCGUCUCUCAGACCUGCUCCCAGAUGGAUCUGGGGGCUCGAAGGCCAGGCCUGACAUCCGGAGCCUCCAGGGGCUAGGCCAUCAAAGGCCACGACCUUUGGCAGAAAUUGGUGAUGGCGCAAGCACUAAUUUUUUUAGUGCUCACACUUUGAAUCUUCCUUGAUUUCUCUUCUCCGGGGAGGUCAAAAAUUGCGCUUUUUUGUGUGUGAUAGUUUUUUUUAGCCACGACGCUAUGGCGAUUUUGGGUUCCUUUUUGACCUGGGCCAUAGCAUCGCAAUUAGCAUUUUUGCAAAAAGCUGCUUUUCAUUGUUUUCGCAGCAUUCGCUCGUGCUGAAAAAAACUAUCACACCACACUUUUGGCCGAUUUGUUAUAGAAAAAGCGCAAAAAGGUGUGAAGUUGGUUUUUUUGAGUGCCGGAAGUGAGUGUGAUAGUUUUUUUCAAACACGACGGCACGGCCCACAUAGGACCAUCGCCAGAAAAAAAACUAUCACAGCCAAAAUGGUCGAUUUUCCGGGUUUUAUAAAACUCUUGAAAAAAUUUGCGCGCGCAGUGUUGAAAACCAAAAAAAUCCGCGGAGGACUGGCUCUCGGCGGCCAGGUCCGAAAAAUGGUGUGAUAGUUUUUUUUAAACACGACCUGAGACGGGCGAUUGCGCCUCACUUUUUGCCCGCCUCCAGCCCCGGAACGGAAGGCAGCUCACCCGCCACCGCCGGAGCAUCAAAUCAGCCCAGGUCUGAAAGCUGGGGAUCAGGUCCAAAAAGUGGCGCGAUAGUGUUUUUCAAACACGGUGGGAGAGUGACGAUGGCCGCGCACCUUUUGGCCGCCCGCCUCCAGCCCCGGGCCGGAAGGGGCCGACCCGCGAAGGCCGGGCACCACCAAGGGUGGGUUCGGAAGCUCGCCUGCGGAGCGAGGGCCCGGCCCGGCCUUCCCUUCGGCUCUCCUGUUAGCUAUGACAAUCAUCACAAGCGACCACUAGCUAGCUAACUACAUCAUUCAUUAAUCGCAACAACAAUAUACGAGGCACAAGGAUCGAGCCCCAAUGCGCCGCAAAAAAAAUCAAAAAAAAAUCAACUUUUGCCAAAAAGUGGGCUUUUGUGAUAGUGAUAGUUCAUAGUGAUAGAUGACAUCAGCACAACUCACUGUCCUCUUCCUCUACUGCAGGAGUAGCUGCGGAAACUACAAAUUCCGGAACUACAACGAUGGCAGCGAAGCUGCGUGCGAAGGAGCUCGAAAACAUCUACGGCGCACCUUCUGGUGCGGCAAGAAGAGGAGGUCAGACGACAGUUGUGAACAAGAGCACUGUUUCGUCUGGGAGCAAGGUAACUUCUUCGUCUUCUUCUAGACCAGGUAGUCGAGGGCCCCCCGGAACAAGGGUUCCGUCGAAGUCCCCAUCGAAAGAUUUUGUCGAAAACAACAAGCGCCAAACGGUCGCGGGAGCAGGCGGUCCCCGUCCAGCAUCCGCGAGAAAACGAGGCACGAGCAGCCACAAUCAAGCUAGUGGCUCCCGAGGCCGGGGACAAAGCACCAGUCGGAAGGAACAACUUCCGGCCGCAAUCUCGGCGCGUGGGGCAGCGGCAGCAAGUGAGAACAGUAAGAAUCCUACUCAGGAGACGAAUCCUGAUGGCACCACAGCAAAACGGAGCAACACGCGCGUUGUGCUACGGUCGGCCCGGGAAUAUUUAAAAGGUUUGUCGGCCAGGUCCAGCCCGGAGAAGAUGCCGCCGAAUUUUCAGAAGCGCUUGCAGGAGCUGGACCGGGGAUCCUCGAAAGCUGCUUCUUCCACGUCGUCAAAAACAACAUCGGUUGCGCCGAGUGUCGUGGUAGCCGCGCCGCCGGUAGCUCAGCAUGCGGACCACCAGACGGGGUUGCAGCUGCGCGAAGUAAGUGAAGAACAAAUUGCAAGUGCUCGGCUGCACGUUGACAAAAACGAAACCGCCCAAACAAAAACAUCAUCUUCACCUGAUGAUAUGGAAGAGAGUCGACCACCUUUGCCAGAGACCGCUGCCGGGUCAUCCUCCUCUUCAUCGAGUUCCUCUUUCUACAAGGUGCCUUUGCUACGAACGGAAACGAAAGAGCCAAGUACAGCUUCAAAGAGCAAGGUAGAGAUGAUGGCACCAGCAGACGAAACCUGUGCCGGUCCUUCACCUGCAGAUCAUGACCCUAUCAAAGAAGGAGAACACAACACGCUGGAGAACUUGUCGACGCCGAGGUUGUUCGACAUUCCAGAUGGAACGAAAGCCGGUGGAGCACUAGAAGAGAAACCCCCAGCCUCGCCGAGACGAGGCUCAAGCCGUAGCAGUUGUCCACCCGCUCCAACAUUGUCGGACGAGAAUGACCUGAACAGACCUUCGGAUGGUUUGUUGUUUUCAACAAGCAAAAACGCCAGCGAGAAGGAAAAGCUCUUCAACGCCGACCGGUUUUACAUUCAAGCCGGGCGGAUCAUCGACGGCAAGGAUACAAAGCCUGCGCGCAGUACUCCUUCACCACCACCGGCGACCGCUGCGCAAUUCCCCGCUCCCCCGGGGGCGCCAGUCGCAGGAAGCAAACAUGCAGAGAUGAACAAACCUCGCAGUUCCUCCUCGGGAUCAAGUUCCAGUUCUUCGAGCACGAAGACGAACUUCGAACAUUUGAUCAAACGACUCCCCGCCUGGCCGUUCCCGAUUGUUCCGCCCGUUCCCCCGCCGCCGCCCCCACUAAUUUCCCCACAGGCGGCAGAUUUGAACGGGUGGGGGUCAAGCUCUUCCAGACCCAGCCGUGGAGGUUUUGGAGUACAACCGCCGCAAAGUGUAACCAAUAACAUCACGGUGCGGCGGGGAUUCGUGAACAUGCAUUCUGCGGUUGCGUCGCCGGAUGGUGGUCCGGGGCAGAGCAGGUUUCGCGACUUUGCGCCGUCUAUCAAAUGUAAAAAUGUCUCGGUCUGGAAGAAUGCGCGAUUUGUCAUGCAGCUUUUCCAUGACCCAUGGCCAUGACCAUGAGGUCUGGAAUGCCGGAACGAGCAUGACAGAUUCUGUGCGAUCUUUCUCAUGCCUAUCCUUCAUGAGAAACUGCCUCCCGACUUUGUCAAAACUGGGCGACUUUUGGUAAUCAUGCAACACAGAUUUCUGCAUGCUUCAGAUUUAGCAUGACAACCCACAGCCGACACAGCGUGUGUCGUCGAAAACCGGAGUAAGAGGGGCCGUCGGACCGGGAAAUCGCUUGCUGGUUAAUAUGUAUGCGUGACAAGCUGGCUGCGUUUUGCAUUCGUGGCAGUCCAGGAAAGAGGAAGAACUAGUGAAGCGAUCGGAUCGACGAGGUGCGUCAGGGGGCGUCACUCAUUCAUUCACUCAUGACAAGUUGCAGCAUUCUUCCAGACCCAGACACUUUUACAUUUGAUACCGUCGAUACAGUCGCUGGAAGAGCAGUACUCGCGGCAGCGAACGAUGCGCCCUCCUUCGAGCAGUCCAGUAGAGAGUCUCCAAACGAGUGGCCAGCUACUUGGAGCAGGUGGGGCAAAGGCUGCAAGGGCCACGGCAGUAAGUGGCGGAGGAGGUCCGAGUGCUUCUAGCAGAGGCACACCGCAGCCGUCACCCUCACAGCCAUACAUGCAGCAGCAGCUUUUGCUUCCGCACGAGCGCGGAAGCAAGAGAAGCUCGGUUUACAACUCUGCAAAGCGGCCGCGGUCCUCUCCGACAACAAGCCAUCCGAAAAGUGCAGAGGCAACUACCUGGCGCGCAGGGAGCUCCGUCCGGCAGCAUCUUGGUGGUUCCAAUAAAUCGAGCCCGGCUGACAAUGAUCUCCCCACCGCACCACCGCCAGAAAAAAACAAACCCGGAAACAAGAGCAGCACUUCGUCAUCGCCCGCCGACGCGGAAGUAGCGGCUUCUCCGGGCGGCAGUGCGGGCACUGAGGAAACAUCCUCGGGCAGCAAGCGCCGUGGUCUACCGCGGCCGGAGGGUGAAAACCAGCCGACCAAUACGAGAAGCCGGCAAAAUUCCUACGAGAGCGCCCUUACUUUCGGUCGGACAAGUCCGUUCGCACGCAGUCCGGGGAAUGAAGAUAGCGGUGGAGACCAAGAAGCAACUUCUUUGCUGUUCAAGAAAGUAGAGAGCAAAGAACUGCAACCAGGAAGCGAAGAGGAGGUGCGACGUGUUUUUUUUCAUUUUUUUUUCCUCGCGUUAUCCUUAUCGUUAAGUAUCCAGAGACCAGACCGUGGCACGACAUCGAUCCAGUUUUUUUACUUUCACAUUUGUAGCUACGGCUACACGCGACGCUCUUGUUGCAAAUUGCAUCAUGUCUACUUCAGAAAUACUAGUAGAGAGAUAUGCUUUUUGCUACGACGUGGCAGACCUGUGAGCCAUGAAGUUACUCUUGAAAAGUUUUCCAUGUACAUCUCCAAAAAAGUCCUCCCGGCGUCCGCGCGCGUCCCCUGUAACGACACAACGCGAUGAAAAUCGCCAGCAGCGUCAUGAUGUCCAAGCUCCGUCAUUUCCGCCGCGGGCGAGCCCGUCCAGCGCCGCAGUGCCAAUGUCUACUACUUCUCCCAGCACGGAUAUCCAGGAAAAAAACAUUGUAGGGUUAACUUUUUUGGAGGAACAGCAUUACAAAUCUGUCUGGCAACAUGACAGCAAAAACCUGUCAUGCGCAGAUAGUACAUGAAAACGCCCUUUAAUGGGCCCUACAAUACAUGCCAAGCAUGACAGACGCAAUCAUCUUGCAUGUUGCGCAUCACAAAUUUACACUAACAACGUUUUUUUCUUGGAUAACGGAACUCGUGGGGACAAACGCGAUGCAGCGCGUCACCAGGCGACUGGAUAUCCUGUGCAAAAGUAUCGUACUCGUAGUAAUCGCAAUCAUGCAUUACAAAUCUUCAUCCCAAUGCAAAACAGCAUGACAAAUUCCAUUUGUCAUGCUGAGCUAAUUUGUAUCGCAAUUACUACCAGUGCGAUACUUUUGCAGUUCAUACUGGACGAGCUGACGCAACGGCUGGAUCUCGUCCGCGUUCAAGAGCGAGAUUUGAAGGAUAAAGUAGACCGGGUGGCACAAGCGCAACAGGAUUUGUCCAAGGUGCGGCAAGACGCGAUCGGGUCCGUGGCGAAGGGGAGCGGUAUGAUAGGAACUUUAAUUUUUUGUUGUUGAUCGAUUAAUGGACAUGUACCUAAGUACCCAGAAAUAAAUCCAACGCACUUUUUUGCAAGUGGCACUCAAAAACCGUCCAUACGAGUCCACCACGGGCAUGCUUACCGUGGUCACGCUAAAUCCUAUAACACCUCUUCCACGAUUUCGAUUACAGGUCCGCCCGGAACGAGCUCAGGAGCUUCGGAGAGAAGUAGAGACGACACUCCUGCUCUCAGUGAUGCAACUGCAAAAAAGCUGGCAGAGUUCGAAAAGUCAAACCUUGAGUUGGUGAAAAAAGUCGAAGCGUACCAUGCGGAGCUGAAUGGGAUCAAGGCAGCACUUGAAAACGCUGAAAACGAAGAAGAACUGCUGCCAUUGUCUUGUUCCGGUUUAGAGGAUGCGGACGGCGCUGGUCUGGCUAAGGUAACAAGGGUUUAUUUGCUCGUCUUCAGAAAGAAAAUGGAAACAGAUAAUCUUCUGAGACUAUCUAUACCUAAAACACGCUUGCGGCAGCACUUCUGUAUCGGUUGCUGUUGCUUCAGUAGAAUUUUUUUGUAGAGCUGCUUGAUCGUAGGCGUCCUGGUUUUGUGUGUUGAGUCAUGUAGUCCUUUCCGCUCUGGUGCCUGCUGACCCUGCUCUAAGCCUCAAAAAAUUGCGAAUGCAACAGAAACGCUCCACCACCGCCGCUAGUACAACCAGCAGCGACGACACGGCUCCCGGUAUCGCCUCCCUGAAGGAGGAAUCUUCGCAACAAAGAGCGGACGCCCUGGCCAUCGCCAAUGCGGUGGCGGCCAAGAAGGAGCGGCGCGUGCUGGCUUUCGUUGACGAGUUGACGCAGUCCCGGUUAAACUCGCUGGAGGCGGAUCUGUUAGCGCGAAUCCAGUUUGUCGAGAACGAUCUGGGGAAUAGGAUUGUCCAGCAGAAGGACGAAGUCGCGCAGGUUCAAACGGAAGUCAAAACCCUGACCGAACAAAAGUCCUCCUCUAGUGCGGACGAAGAUGGUAACAAAUAAAUUUGUUUUGAGAAACAUGAUGCUCAUGUUGCUUUUUCUUGCUACAUUUUUUUUAAAUUUGGCGGAGCUGUGGCUUGACGUUUGUACUCAUAGCCGUAGGUACGUUUUCGAAUCAACCGUCUUGCCACUUCAAACUACAGGGUCCCACGAACGCCAUGCCAGCAACGCCGCAGUGUCCCCCGAAGACGGUGACGCUGUGAUGAAAUUUAGCUCCCUGGUCGGACCAAAAGCCGCUGGCAAAUCCGUUUCCAAGGGUGCAGACCCGUCGGAGGUGUCUCCUUCACGAGAGGAGAGAGCAGAAUCAAGGCGAAAAAUCCUGGCGAACCAACUCGGUCCGGUCAUCGUGGAGCAGAAUCUGCCCCACUUGGAAAAAGAGAUCGACGACAAGGUGGCGAAACGACUCGAAGAGCACAAGCAGCACUUUUCUUCCGAAAUUAUGCAGAAAAAUAAACGCGGCAACGAAGAACAGACCCAUCAAUUCGCCGAGAAGUGGAGCGCGGAGCAGAAGCAGGUCGAACGAGCGUUGCAAACGCUCCGGGAGCGGGUAGAUACGAUUGAGACCUCGACGAGUGCAAGAAUACAGGCGACGGAAGAGGAAAAUGUCGUUUGGAAAAAGGAAUCCAACUUGCUCCACGACCGGAUCACGAAUUUAAGCGAGAAAAUGGACUCCGCGUUGGUACAGGUCAACAAGGCGGUAAAGGAUAGUACAACUUCAAGCGAUCACAGGGACGACGGCGUGUUGGAGGUCAAAUUGAUGCAAAAAAUCACUUCUAAUUACGAGGACAGAAUGACGAAGUCCGUGAAGAGCAGCGAGGAGCAGAUGAUGAAGAAGUGCGAAAAGCAGUUUGCAAUGAAGCACGACUUGAAGUCGAUGGAGUCGAACCUCGAAAGAUCCGUUCUGGCGAAGACGAAAGAGCAGCUGAUACCCAAAAUCGUGCCAGAAAUCGUGAAAAAGGACGAAAUUAAGCAGCUGGUCGCGCGUGAGGUGUUGAAGACGCGGAAGGAGACGGCAAGUGAAGCGGAAGAGACUGCGAAACGGUCCAUGUCUACCGAGGUGGACAAGCUGCGGAAAAAACUGAACGAAGACUUGUUUUCCAGCAAAAACCUGCAGGACUUUCUGCAGAAGGAAGUCUCUCGCAUCGUCCAAGAGGAACUGGCUGAAGUAGAGAUCGCGAAAAGAAAAGAGGAGGAGGAUACGGAGAGGCAGAGGCAGAGGGCAACUGCAGCACCAGGGGCAACUUCUUCUAAAUCUUCACCGAGUCAAACACAAACUGCGAGGACGAACAAGGCUGGAACCACGCCGGAAACAAACCCGAACAAGAAUCACUCGUCCCCUACUUCCCGGAGUAGAAGAUCCUCGCCACUUAUCCAGGAAAAAACACCCAUCCACAUCCAAUUUGUCAUGCAAAACAUACAUAAAGUCCUGUGUUUGUUAUGCAAAAAAUGGAUGUGGAUGGGUUUUUUUCUGUGGAUGCCACUGCUGAGUCCGCGGUCGGAGCUGCUUUCGCUGCAAAGCAGGCUGGCCCGCGUGCAGGGGAUGUUGUUCGAGGCCCGCGGCAUGCAGCCGCCCGAUUCGCCGCCGUCGGACGAAUCGAAGGCAAGUCCGGAGGUGCAGAGGCGCAUCGAGAAGGACAUGACCAUCGACGACUUAAUCCUGCAAAUGGAACAGGGGACCCUGUUCGCUGGUUCCGCUUCUGCAAUCGACCUAGACGAUCAGCAGAGUACUACGAAAUUUUCACCUCUCCGCGUCGAUGGCGAGACGAAAACGAAGUCGCAGUCCAAGAAGCACAGACGAACUUCUUUUUCCGCGCUGGACGACGAAGAUGAAAAUGGUGAAAACACCGAAGUAUUCUUGCCGUCCUUCGAGGAUUUAGCGAAGCAAGCGCAGUCCUUUUCCUCAACGACUCGAAGCCGGUCGCCGCAGCUACUUCGCGAUCGCGUCGUGUCGUCCUCGAGCCCGCGGUCGAUUCGGGCCGCGAUCGCGCACUGCGAUAAAUCAGAGGAGGCCCUGGAGCUGCUAAGGACGACACUGAUGAAUAGCGAGCGACAGGCCUCGUCGCCGAGCAGGACAGCGCGCGUUGGUGACGAACAAACAUCAAGAACAUCGCGCGAUAGAAGAGCCCCUCCGAGAAAGGCAUCCGGAGACCACUCGUCCUCUUCUGCUUCUUCAACGGAGAAAGCAGCCACGAAAACGAAAAACCCCUUUGCUGCAGCAUUUGACAACUUCGACAUCCUGCAGAGUCUCGAAGAUGAAGGCACGGUGGCGGAACAAGACAAAACUCUCGCCGGUGGAAGUGCAGCUUCUUCUACGCGAGCAAACAACUCGUAUGAAGAGCGAACGCCCGGCAACGUCCUGCAGGACCUUUACCAGAAACCGCUCAGCCCCUCAUCGGGGACAAAAAAAAUGCAGCAGGCGAAAGUGGUGGUAAAACCCUCCGAACAAGAUGAUGAGCAAUUUCGUUCGCAAGUGGAGCAGACGUCGUUGAAUGCGACCGAGCUCCGCGAGGAACUCGAUCAGUUGAAAGCGCAACUCUCUGCCUGGCGGACGCAACAGAUGGACGAAGUGCUGAAGUUCCACACCGGGGGAAAGAAUGGCGGAAAAUCAAAACUGUUGAAAACGCCCGAUGUGGAUGAAGAUGAUUCUGAUGACUUCUGCUCCAGGGGACCCUCCUCCCUGAACCCAAUGGCAAGAGCUGCGGCAGCGAGUAGGGCGGGCGGGACCCAGACGUCCGAUGUUGAAAACGUUGACCCCAGGCGGCCGCGGAACAGCGGCGGGGGUACCACGUCGAGUAGAGUAAGCGGAAACAAAAACAACAACUUCUCACCGCCGGAUCGGGGGAUGAUAUUUUCGUCCGGGGGAAAAAUGUCGUCUGCGAGAAGGGGAAAUAGUUCGACGAGCGGGGUGAAAAACAAGUCAGUAAGUAGGGUCGACGCUGCUCUGGGGAAAAAUCAAAAUGGGACAAAAAAGCAAGGUGCAGCCGCAGCUUACACUACGCCGAGCGAAUCGGAGGAACGCGCGGCGAAGAAAAAAACGCGUUUGGAGCGGGCGUUGCGCAUGCUGGAGAGUGACGAGAUCGACAAACCCAAGAAGCUUUUUCGGAGAACGGGCUUGUUUUAGGCAUUUGAUCUUGACUUCUUGGAACGAGUCACAUCAUGGAUCGAGUACCUACAUACAGAAUGGUAAAUUGCAAGUUCUUAGUCUUACAUGUCCGGAUACGGACGAGCAUUUUUUACGACGAUUAUUAUCAUUGGAGCUUUUUUUUUCUGUUUCGAGUAUAUUUAUUCUUAUUGUUUCUGAUUCUGUGUACGACAGCUAGUUCUUAAGUCAGUUUGAUCAUGCGGAGAAACAGUUCAACUACUGUUCUUGAAGUCUCUGCACAGGCUUGCUUUGAAAUAGUAUUUUGCUUUUGUCUUCUUGUUUCCUUGUUUCUAUGGUAAACCUAGUGAUUGCAGCCAGCAUUGUGGCCGCGAUGAAAGUAGUUGUUUAUUCUACAGCAACGACACGACUGCGGAGCGGUCACGUCAUUGAAAUCAAUGGAUUGCGUUUCAAGUUUUUUUUCAAGAAAUUGAAAGGUAGAAAGGAACCAUCCAAAAACGCGUGCAUGAAGAAUCGCUGCAUGCCGAUGC